AUGCGUUUUACAGUCGCCACCCUUGUUGCCGUCCUUGCAUCUCUCGCAGCUGCUAGGACUUCUCCUCCAGGACUUCCGGACGGAUGUACAGAUCUCUCCGACGCCUGUAGCAAGGGCACGUCGUCCACUUGCACAAUAUCUUGCCGCAAAAGCGUUCCCCCAACCGAUGAAAAUCGCCUUACGACUAUUGAAUUGAAGGCUGGCUUCGGCAACUGUAUCGGUUACUCGGCUAGGGCACAACAGCGAUACAAAAAGAAGGGAUAUUGCUCUCCAACUUGGAUUCAGGAUUAG